UACCUCUCCUCCGUUAGUGGAAGAAGGCUGGCCGGAGGAGCCCGCAGCCGGUGUCACGGUCCGGGAGGCGAAACGCUCCUAUUUUUACCCGCCGUGGAUAUAUAAAGUCCCGCUGCUGCCUGGGAGGAAGGGGAGGGGGGUGACAGUCCGACACAUCCUCAGGGAGGCGCUGGAGGCCCAGAGAGAGCCAGGAAGACGGAGGACGACUUCUUUUUGUUCCAUCAGCUGCAGGGGACGGGCGGCGAGCGCAGAAAGAUGCCCAAACCGAUCAACGUGCGCGUCACCACCAUGGACGCCGAGCUGGAGUUCGCCAUCCAGCCCAACACGACGGGCAAACAGCUCUUCGACCAGGUGGUGAAGACGGUGGGUCUGAGGGAGAUCUGGUUCUUCGGCCUUCAGUACACGGACAGUAAAGGCUACGUGACGUGGCUCAAGCUCAACAAGAAGGUCACCCAGCAGGACGUGAAGAAGGAAAACCCCCUGCAGUUCAAGUUCAGAGCCAAGUUCUUCCCUGAGGACGUGUCUGAGGAGCUGAUCCAGGAGAUCACCCAGAAGCUCUUCUUCCUGCAGGUGAAGGAAGCCAUCCUGAACGAUGAGAACUACUGUCCUCCCGAGACGGCCGUGCUGCUGGCCUCCUACGCCGUCCAGGCCAAGUACGGCGACUACAACAAAGACCUGCACAAACCGGGAUACCUGGCGUCCGACCGCCUCCUGCCGCAGAGAGUUUUAGAACACAAGCUGACGAAGGAGCAGUGGGAGGACCGGAUCCAGACGUGGCACGAGGAGCACCGGAGCAUGCUCAGGGAGGACGCCAUGAUGGAGUAUCUGAAGAUCGCUCAGGACCUGGAGAUGUACGGCGUCAAUUACUUUGAAAUCAAGAACAAGAAGGGCACCGAGCUGUGGCUGGGCGUGGACGCUGGGCUCAACAUCUACGAGCACGAAGACAAGUUGUCACCAAAGAUCGGCUUCCCCUGGAGCGAGAUCCGAAACAUCUCCUUCAGCGACAAGAAGUUCGUCAUCAAGCCCAUCGACAAGAAAGCUCCGGACUUCGUGUUCUACGCGCCCCGGUUGCGGAUCAAUAAGCGCAUCCUGGCCUUGUGCAUGGGAAACCACGAGCUGUACAUGAGGAGGAGGAAGCCCGACACCAUCGAGGUGCAGCAGAUGAAGGCUCAGGCCCGGGAGGAGAAGCACCACAAGCAGAUGGAGAGAGCCCAGCUGGAGAACGAGAAGAAGCGCGAGCAUGCGGAGAAGAAGGAGCGGAUCGAGCGAGAGAAGGACGAGCUGAUGGAGAGGCUGAAGCAGAUCGAGGAGCAGACGCAGAGAGCCCAGCGAGAGCUGGAGGAGCAGACCCGGAAGGCGCUGGAGCUGGAGCAGGAGAGGAAGCGAGCGAAGGAGGAGGCGGAGCGGCUGGAGAAGGAGCGGCAGGCCGCCGAGGAGGCCAACGGCGCUGGCUCACAGGCCGCCGACCAGAUGAAGAACCAGGAGCAGCUGGCUGCUGAACUGGCCGAGUUCACCGCCAGGAUCGCUCUGCUGGAGGAGGCCAAGAGGAAAGAGGACGAGGCCACCGAGUGGCAGCACAAGGCUCUGUCGGCUCAGGAGGACCUGGAGAAGACGAGGGAGGAGCUGAAGACGGCGGUCACCACACCGCCCGCCCCCGAGCACGACGAGAGCGACGAGACCAACGCCGAGGCGAGCGCCGAGCUGCUGAGCGACGGCGAGCACCAGAGGAGCGAGGAGGAGAGGAUCACCGAGGCCCAGAAGAACGAACGAGUGAAGAAACGGAUGGAGGCUCUGAGCUCGGAGCUGGCCGAGGCUCGCGACGACACGAAGAAGACGCAGAACGACAUGCUCUCCGCGAACGUCCGGGCGGGUCGAGACAAGUACAAGACGCUGCGUCAGAUCCGGCAGGGCAACACCAAGCAGCGCAUCGACGAGUUCGAGUCCAUGUGAGAGGGACUCCGCCGCCGCCGCCGCUGCCGCACCGCGCCGCAGACGGACGCCUCACUCCUCCCCGUCAGGCCGGACCCGCCGCCGCCGUCCGGAGGACCGGCGGCUUCACGGGCUUCGUAGCGUCAAACCGGCCGAAGCUCCGCCAGCAGCGCUCGGCCGUCGCUCCGCCUGCUACCUUCUCUUCUUCUUCUUCUUCUUCUUUUUUAAAGACAAGCACACGUCUUUACUGGAACGACGCAUAUCGGCCUCCCCUGUACAUACGUGGCGUUUUCCAGCCUGCAUGACGUCCGAGCCCUCCUGCCAGACGGACUGAAGGUCGAUGUGGUUCCCUACCCAGCGACGCCAAGCGAAGCGGCGUCUGUAGCUGUAGCUUCUCCGUAGGCAGCACGCUCCCUGCUCCCCGCUGAGCAUCUGUUAGAUUGGUUUUUUCUUCUUCAUGGCCUUAUCGUGUCAGCGCUCUCCGUCUCGUGUUGUCAUGUUUCUUUGUUUCUUGGUUUUUUUUGUGGGGGGGUCAGUCCUGCUGUCUGGUCUGUUACUGCUGCUAACUCACUGACAGCACGGCUUCGGCUCCGUUCUUACUGUGCUGGCAUCUUCUGUCCGUGGAGACGUUUGUUCAAAUUAUAUUUUGCCCCACAAUAAAGAAUGAAUUUAUAUUUCCAGACA